AUGGUUCAGAUUAUUUGGAAAGCACCUUUCAAGAUGUCUCUUGUGAAUCAGGGAGAGUUCCAGCACAUUCUCCGUGUGCUCAACACCAACAUUGAUGGAAAGCAAAAGAUUGUGUAUGCCUUGACCUCUAUUAAGGGUAUUGGUCGUCGUUUCGCCAUGGCUGUGUGCAAGAAGGCCGAGAUCGAUAUCUCGAGACGCGCUGGUGAGCUGUCGAACGAUGAGAUUGAGAAGCUCAUUGCUGUGAUCAGCACUCCUCUCCAGUUCGAUAUCCCCGAGUGGUUCCUGAACAGACAGAAGGACGUUGAGACCGGAAAGUACCGUCAGGUGGUCUCCAACAACCUCCAGGCCAAUCUCCGUGAGGAUCUGAACCGUCUGAAGAAGAUGAGAGCCAACCGUGGUCUGCGCCACUACUGGAACCUGAAGGUGCGUGGACAGCACACCAAGACCACUGGCCGCUUCGGCAAGUCUGUGGGUGUCUCUACCAAGAAGUAAGAUGUGUCAUUGCUCGUUGAAAGGUGGUUUUAUUA